AUGGGUGUUACUGGUCCGGCAAUGCACGUGUUGUGGAACGGGGAGAAAACAGAGGCCUUUACUCCUUCCAGAGGCCUUCGUCAAGGGGAUCCUCUAUCUCCUUACUUGUUCGUACUAUGCAUGGAGAGAUUAUGUCAUCUCAUUGAAGAGUCAAUCGCAGGAAGGCAGUGGAAACCUAUCAGUCUGUCGAGAGGAGAACCUCAGCUAAGCCAUAUCCUAUUUGCAGACGACCUGAUCUUGUUUGCUGAAGCCUCGGUUGCUCAAAUCAGAAUCAUUAGGAGAGUGUUGGAGAAGUUCUGCAUGGCCUCAGGGCAGAAGGUGAGCUUGGAGAAGUCAAAGAUCUAUUUUUCAGCAAACGUGCCUAGAGAGCUACGAGACUCAAUCAGCGGGGAGAGUGGAAUCCAACAAACCUGUGACUUGGGGAAAUAUCUAGGUAUGCCGGUGCUACAGAAGAGGUUAAAUAAAGAAACCUUUGGAGAAGUAAUAGCUCGGGUGUCAUCAAGAAUGGCCGGAUGGAAGGGGAGGACACUCAGUACGGCUGGGAGACUUACCCUGACUAAAGCGGUGUUAUCAUCUGUCCCUGUACACUCAAUGAGCACGAUCUUGCUGCCUAAGGCCACUCUAUCCAAGCUUGAUCAAUUGUCAAGGAAUUUUCUCUGGGGAAGCAGUGAUGGGAAACAGAAACAACACUUGGUGGAUUGGAAGAGAGUAUGUCGGCCAAAGUGUGAAGGUGGGCUAGGGAUCCGUCAAUCAAGCGACACGAACAAAGCUAUGAUAUCAAAAGUUGGGUGGAGGUUACUACAGGAUCAAACAAGCUUAUGGGCACGAGUCCUACGAAGUAAGUAUAAAGUCGGGAGCGCUUCAGACCGGAGCUGGACGGCAUCAAAAAACCACUGGUCGUCGACGUGGAAGAGUAUCCUGGUAGGGAUGAAAGAGGUGAUACUUGAGUCCCACGGAUGGGUUGUUGGGGAUGGAAGAUCAACUCACUUUUGGACUGACAGAUGGUUAACAGAGAAGCCGCUAUUGGAGAGAACCAUUGCUUCAUUACCGGCGACUCAAGCAACCCCCUUAGUUAGGGAUCUCUGGCAGAAUAAUGGAGGAUGGCGAUGGGACCAAAUAACGCCUUUUGUGUCGGAAGAGGUCAAAUUGGAGCUAUGCUCAGUGGUGGUUGAUACGGUUACGGGAGCAGAGGAUAGGUUAGCUUGGUGGCCGAGUCCGAAUGGUGAGUUUACAGUGAAAUCAGCUUAUGCUUCUCUCACUCGGGAUGAGUCUCCGAGGCAGAGCAUGGACACCUUUUUCUCACGUGUGUGGAAAGUGGCUGCACCAGAAAGGGUUAGUUUCUUUCUUUGGCUAACGGGGAAUCAAUGCAUAAUGACAAACCAGAAAAGGAAGAGGAGACACUUAAGUGAUUCAGACAUCUGCACUGUGUGUAAAGGAGGAGUGGAGACUUUAAUCCAUAUACUUCGGGACUGCCCAGCCAUGAGUGGUAUAUGGAGCAGGAUAGUACCAAUCCGGCGUCAACAAGAUUUCUUCGACAGAUCCAUUUUGUCUUGGCUGUACGACAAUCUGGGAGAGGAUGGUUUAGUUGAAGGUUCGCCGUGGUCAACAAUGUUUGCCAUAGGUGUUUGGUGGGGAUGGAAAUGGUGCUGCGGAAAUGUGUUUGGUGAGAAUAGAAAGUGCCGAGACAGAGUCCGAUUCAUUAAAGAUCAGUCAAAAGAAGUGACGCAGGCAAUAGAGAAGUGUAAUGCUCAGAAUAUCAAGCCAGCAAGAGUGGAUAGAAUGAUAGCUUGGGUGCCACCGGAAGUGGGAUGGAUCAAACUGAAUACGGAUGGAGCCUCUCGGGGGAAUCCUGGUCCAGCUACGGCAGGAGGAGCGCUACGCAAUAACUAUGGGGAUUGGUGUGGAGGUUUCGUUCUAAACAUAGGGAGAUGUACAGCACCACUGGCGGAGCUGUGGGGGGUUUACUAUGGCCUACUUAUCGCUUGGGAGAAGCAUAUUCCAAGGUUGGAGGUUGAGAUCGAUUCGGAACUGGUGGUGGGUUUUCUCAAGACAGGGAUCAACGACUCGCAUCCGCUGUCUUUCUUGGUGCGUCUAUGCCAUGGCUUGAUCGAAAAGGACUGGUUAGUCCGAAUUUCACAUGUGUAUAGGGAGGCCAAUUGUCUUGCAGAUGGAUUGGCAAACUAUGCAUUUUCUCUCCCAAUGGGGUUCUCUAGUUUUGAUUCAGUUCCUUCCGAUUUAAAUGGUGUGUUGCAAGAUGACAUUCUUGGAUCUGCGCGUCUGAGAAGUGUUUGCAUUGUUUAG